AUGGCACUAGGUGGUGACACCAGUUUCGAGACGAGCUGUACAGUCCAUGUGGGUGUCACCUUCUAUGAAACCAAAACCUUCACCGUGACAAGGGGCAAGUCAACCCCCAAGUCCACCAAUAUCAGAAGGGACGUGCAGGACAACACCUCCCAUCAUGGCGCCACUGAUCCUGUGGUCAUUGACAAACGCGGCGGUGUCUGCGUAAGCACCGUGUCGUCAACGACGACCAUUAAGCCACGCCAUGUUGCAGUUGUUACCCCCACCUCCCCAGAUUUUCCCUAA